AUGGGCCCCUGUACCGCCUCCUCUUGCUGCUGCCAGGCCCGUAAUCUGCCAUGGGCCCCCGUACCGCCUCCUCAUGCUGCUGCCAGGCCCGUAAUCUGUCAUGGGCCCCUGUACCGCCUCCUCAUGCUGCUGCCAGGUCCAGAGUCUCUCAUGGGUCCCUGUACGGCCUCCCAUUGCUGCUGUCUCCAUCGCCACACUCUGCCAUGUGCCACUUUCAGGUCUCCUCACACUGCUGGUGGGUUCCAUUUUGUCAUAGGGUGCUGUAUGGCCUCCCAUUGCUGCUGCCUCCACUGCCACACUGUGGCUCCACACUCUGGUUUUGGCCCCGUGACUGCCCAAAUGAGUGAAGUGUGCGGUGAUUCUAAGAUCGACGGCACUCAUCUGCAUGUCAUACUGACUGACAGUAUUAUUUCUCUUCCCCAGCAGACUCCAAGGGCAUUUAAAUUAAAGGUACAGUGUUCUGCACUAAUAUAA